AUGGAGAAAAAAUUCGACUUCAAACCGUUGCUCACUGAUUCGCAAGAUAGCCAGGGUUCCCCCCCUUUGAGGAUAUUCUCCAUUUCAACCGCUAAACCGGAAAAUAUAAAGUUUGAGGAAGAAGAAAUGGAUCUUAUUAGUGGUGGCAGCGAUGUUUCUAGUGUUGAAGAAAUUGCACAAGAGAGAAACGAAAAUCCAUCGCAUGCAUGGACCGAAGGAAACUGGGCCUUUCGGAGAGAUGACAUGGAUGAAGACCUGCCAUCAUUCGAAGCGCGCUACGAAGCCAUGAAAGAAAUUUUUCCGUCGCUUGGUGAAAACGACGGACGAAGCAGCCACUUAGAGACGCUAAAGAUCCCUGAUGGGAGCAAAGUUGCGUUUGGCGAAGCGGACAAAAACUAUAGAGACGAGUUGUAUGCGAAGCUUCGGGAGGCUGUCGACAAAAGAGUCUCUGAGAAUGUAUCGAGAUUGUCCAAUCCCAGUUUAGUCUCUGGCGAUUUCCUUUCUAUACAUGAAAACGGCAAACCAAAAACGGCGCCAUCUUCUGUUGGAAAAAUUGACGCUGAGAAACAGUACUUUUUUCCUGAGCUUCGAAAUCUGAUAGAAGGCAGAAUAGAAGAAACCAAAGUUGACACGUUGGCCAACCGAAUAGAACGAGAGCUGAUGAGGAGGCAGCAUCUUUGCAACGAGCAGGCUUUGAUGCUGCAAAUGCUUAUGAACCGCGUCCAAGAUCUGGAGAAGCGCGGGCCACCCAAACGAGGAACAACUCCUGUUCACACUUCGUCACGAGCGUCCCGUGGAAAUCGGUGCAUGUGCUACCACACAAGCAACUACAUCGUGGAGAAAGCCACGCAGACUCCAAGUGAAGUGCACGACGCCGAAGGGGUGUAUGUCAUGGUCGCCCGAAAUUCCGGGGCAAGAGCUAAGAAGGUGCAGAGAAGGGUUGCUUAUGGCUACCCUGAACGAGUUACCGAGGAGAAAAAAGUUUCGGCGCUUUUAAGCAGAAAGAUUGUCACUCAGCAAAUAGAGUUUUUGCCACCAAUCCCUGAACCUUAUGCCAAAAAGCGACCUCGAGACACAAAGAAACCAGGGUGGCAUAGAGUGUGA